AUGUCUGGGCUGCAGCAGUGGUAUUUCUCACCGAUCGAUAUGCUUAAGACUCCAUCCACGGUACACGGUUGCACUUUGGAAGAAGAACUUUCAGCUCGACAGAAAGGCGUGGAGUUGCUACUUCGGGUUGCUGGGCAAUUAAGACUGCCUGUAAAUGCAUUUGUAGCUGCAGCUGCAUAUUUCCACCGGUUUUACAUGCGAAACUCCAUUAAAGAUUAUAAUUACCGAGACAUUGCGGCGACAUGUAUCUUCCUGGCUACUAAGGUAGAAGAAUGUGGCCGAAAGCUCAAGGACGUGGCGACAACAGUGAUAUUCAAAACAAACGCGAGUCUUAAACCGGACACAGAUAUACAGGUGUUGGAGAACUCCAAAGAACACAAAAAAUGGACAGAAAACAUAUUGGUUUACGAAGAAACUCUUUUGGAUUCUCUGUGCUUUGAUCUAGUUGUUGAAUCGCCUCAUGCUUGUCUAGCAACAGCGUUCAACUCAGCUGCAGUUGGGACCGGUCAACACGAGAUUUUUCAGGUUAUGGAUAUCGCCUUUCCGCAAGACUCGGCUCCGGAGGAACAGCAAGUGCUGGACUCAGUAGUAUUGAACGCUUGGGGGAUUGCCCAUGAUACUGCACGGAUAAUUGCGGCGUCAUGUUUCAUGAUCUCAUUGGUUUCCUGUUCGAAUCUAUCCACAGAAUGGACAGAUUUCCCAUCCCCGUUCGACCGCUAUCUUAGUGCCGACCCCUCCAUGCUUGUUUGGCUGGAGAAAUUCUCUUUGAGGUCCUCAGAUAUACAGCAAAUAUCUGGUAAAUAUGACAUGCUCUUAUUGGCUACAAACUCAAAUGUUCUCUUUGGUAGACUGCAUCUUCAUCAUGCUUUGCUUUUACAAAACAUCUGA